AAAUCACAAACACACAAACCAAGCAGACAGAAAACGACAGAGAGAGAGAGAGAGAGAGGGGCGUCAAGAGAAGAGGAGGGAGAGAUUACACCAGAAGAGGAAUACAACAAGGGAUGAAAGGAGAUACCCCCGUGAACAGCACCAUGAGUGUCGGACAGGCCAGGAAGCUGGUGGAGCAGCUCAAAAUUGAAGCCAGUUUCUGCCGCAUCAAGGUUUCUAAGGCGGCGGCGGACCUAAUGGCGUACUGUGACGCGCACGUGUGUGAGGAUCCCCUCAUCACCCCCGUGCCCACCUCCGAGAACCCCUUCAGGGAAAAGAAGUUCUUCUGUGCCCUCCUGUGAUCCGCAUGCAAGGAGGACACGCGGGCACCGAGGGAGAAGAGAGCAAAGACGACGACGAGGGGGGAAUACUAUGCCUACUCUAUAGGUCGCAGAUUUUUAAACCUGCAGUGCACACACACACUCACACUCACACACACACACAAGUUACUGAACCAAAUUCUUAUCACUAGAGUUAUACUUCGACCUUUAUAAAAAUCAGUAACAAAAUAC